AUGUCCGCCGAAUGGUCUCUCGAUUUCUGUCUCGUCUGUGACCGUCAAACCGCUGGUGGUCCCUACUGCUCCCAAACAUGCCGUCUGGCCGAACUCGAUCGACCGGCCUCCGAUGACAAUGAUGCCUUCUCUCCACGAUCACGAGAGGGGGCUUCGCACUCGCGGUCAUCCACUCUCGAUUCCAAUAUUGACUCGCCAGCGGCUCGCAGCCUGUCAGCCUCCUCCUCUCAAACCUCCCUCUCUUCCUUGAAGAGUCACUCCUCCAAUUCCACCAUCUCCGAUCAGCUUCAAGAUGAGCUGCGCGACUACGCGAGUUGCUUCGAUCCGGUGCGGGACCUGAAACGACGCAUGACCACCUCUUAA